AGGGCUAAUUUAGAUUUAAACAAAAGAAUAUUAAUCCGGCAGCCAUUUAUGAAAGUGAUCUAUAGGGAUGAUUUUGAUAGAGCAAUCAACAGUUCAGCAGAGAGAUUCAGAGAUUCAGAAAGAAAGAGAUUCCUUAACUUGGAAGGACGCCAAAGAAGAAUUUCGAGAGGAAAAAGAAAAGUGUUAUGGCUCACGUUUUCAGACUUCCAACCUUUAAUCAAUGCAAGUAAGUUUUGCACAUGAAUUUCAGUAGAUAUGCCUCUUUAGGCAGUUGGAAGUACAGCCCGUUGGGAUUAAUUACAGAGAGAAAUUUUAAACUUCAGCCUAAUCGAUAGGCUAUUUAGUAUCAAGGUAAAAGCCACUACCCUUUGAUGAUUUGAAACAGCUUUCUGUGUGAAGAUUCAUGAUGAUAUUUCCCUGGAUAGAACAAGGGCUGUUUUGGACAAGAUUGGACAAUAAUGGAAUACUUUAAGCUAUUUCUCUACUACAUAGACGACUCUGCUGUUUCACAUAAGGAGAUUAUUACUUUUCUUUGCGUUGCAGUUACUGCCUGGUACCUACAGGCUACGAGUUUUUUCACAAUUUUUGAGGAGAGAUCGCCUUGGCUCAGGAGCAAGAAGUCGACAACUCAUGCUGUCGUAAGAGACAAGAAUUGUUCCCUAUGGGAGCCGUGAAGAUCGCUUCUGUUCCACUUAAACAGUACAAACCUGAAGACAUCACAAUUGAAAUUUAUGGUGACAUGGUGACCCUUCAUGGAAAGCACCGUUCAGAAAGAGGAGAUGGAUCCGAUACAGGCGAGUUCAAGAAAGUCUUUAAAGUACCACAAGAUGUUGAUCCAGCUACUGUUGCGUCACGUGCUACCCAAGAUGGAGACGCCCUCAUCAUUGUUGGCACAAAACGAGUGGAAGAGAAAACAGACGAUGGAAAGUUUGAGGCAAAGUUUGAUUUUAGUGGCUUCAAGCCAGAGAAGAUCAAGAUUCAACUCCAUGGUAACGAGUUGAGUAUCAGCGGAAAAAACACGUCAGAAGAAGGCGGAGUUUACCGUUCACGUAAUUACAGUCGCCGUCUCCUGCUUCCCGAUAACUUAGUUGUCAGCUCCGUGACUUCACGCCUGUCGAAAGAGGGCCAGCUGACUAUUGAGGCAUCACGUGACCCUGCUUUGUUGCCAAGCGAGAGAAGCGUUGACGUCAUCAUGGAGACAGAUGAAACAGAGGAAGAACAAAAGGCGUCGAGAAGCACUCAGUCGGAGAAAACUGAGAAUUAG